GGCGGACCAAAAUCAUUUACAACAAGUCCAUUCACGAAACCGAGUGGAAACAACCCGUUAAAGGCUCUGUAGACUUCUUGUCAAUCUAUACUUGUAAGGAAAGCCGCUGGUUCAAACAUCUGUAAAGUAUUUAGCAGCAUCAUGAAUUCUUUGGCUGUUCUACACUGUGUGAUACUUAUUUCAGUUUGUGAAAUACUUGGAGAACACCGAACGAACGCGGGAAUGUGCUGGCUGCAGCAGGGUCCGGAGCACCGCUGUGACAUGGUGCUCAUGAGGGGCGUGAGCAGGGAAGAGUGCUGUGCGGCCAGCCGUCUGGACACUGCCUGGUCCAAUACCAGUCUGCCCAUCAAUGAAGUCAGCCUGCUGGGAUUCCUGGGAAUAGUUUCCUGUAAGCCGUGCAAAGAGAACUGUGAGGGGGUCAACUGUGGCCCUGGAAAGGUGUGCAGGAUGAAGUCUGGACGUCCCCAGUGCGUGUGCUCUCCGGACUGUUCCAACAUCUCCACUAAACAUGCCGUGUGUGGGAGCGAUGGGAACUCGUACAAAGAUGAGUGCGCACUCCUGAUGGCUCGCUGCAGAGGUCACCCUGACCUGGAGAUUAUGUACCAGGGGGAAUGCAAAAAAUCCUGCUCUAAUGUCGUAUGUCCUGGUACACAUACCUGUGUGACGGACCAGACCAACAGCGCCCACUGUGUCAUGUGCCGCACUGCGCCCUGCCCAAUGCCCAUGAUCACUGAGCAAAUCAUCUGCGGCAAUGAUAACAUUACCUACCCAAGCGCCUGUCACCUGCGCAGGGCUACCUGCUUUUUGGGUCGAUCCAUAGGGGUUCGCCACUAUGGGCACUGCAGAAGUAAUGAAGGAAGUGAAGAAAAUUCACUCUUCUGAGGAUGUCAAGAGAAGUUCCGCUCCAUGUACAUAUUAUGAUGGCACAUAAGACGUGAGAGAACCUGUUUGAAACCAUAUAGUCUCACAACAUGGUCCUCUGUACCAAAGAACCACUACUAGUAUUUUAUACGCAUGCAAUUCAUACUUAAAGGAAACGUGUGGUUUUAACAGGAGAAUUGAACUGAUGAAUUGACAGUGUGUAUAUUGUAAAUAUACUACAAGCUACUAUUUAUUGGUGAAAAGUAAGGAAGUCAGUGUUAUUUAUGUGUUAACACAUUUAAGACACCAUAUAUACGUACUUUAGCUGCCUUUAUCAAGGUAUUUAUUGUGGGUUUUGCUUCAGUUUUCUUGUACAUGUCACAACUGCAUGAUUACUAAAUACAAAUAUUUUUUUUUACAAAGAGCUAUUUCUUGCCAAUGAAGUAUUUUAGAAAAUUUCUCUAACAUUUUAUGUUUUAUAUUAUGUUUUGUUUUAAAUAUUUUAUAUUAUUCUAUAUGUUUUAUUUAAAUUAUAUUAUCUAUUAAUUCCCAUGAUUUUCCAGAAGAUUGUGGAAACCCUGACAUGGAGAAAAACAGCAUUGUCAGCCAUCUUUUUGAUAUCUUUACUAUAAACAAAGCACACAGAAUAGUUACCAGCAAAAACAAUGAGCAAAAACCACUGAAUUAUCUUCUUGAACAUUCCUAAGUACAGCUUUCCCAAAAAUGUGCCUCUCUGCAAAAUCUAUGUGGACACACGGUUGAAAUUCUUAUGGACACGGGAGACUACUUACUCAUUGAGAUAAAGUGUUAUGCGUGUAGUGUUUGUAUUCAGAGGGAUUACUCAGCCAAAACAGCUACACUUCCAGGCCACGUUCCACUGACGCGAAGACCAAACUGAGCCACCCACCAAGCAAUGAAAUUACCAGCUACAGUCUUAUGGCAGCAGUUUUUACGAGGACGCUGGGACAGUCAAAGAAUGUACAGUACAUUCUACUGUUUUAAUGGUUUUCACAUUGCCGGAUUGUGUUUUUGUCAUUUUUUGUGUGAGUUUUAAGGUCACUUGACCUUGUUGUAUACUUAAAUGGUCAUAAGGAGAAAUUCAAUGACUAGAUGUUUUGUUUGGUUCCCAGUAAAUCGUAUGGUGUUGUGAAAAAGAGACAGACAGAUUGGCGAUAUUUGUGUAAAUCAUCAUUGUACAAGUUUGUUCCAUGUGUAUCCUUUCAGAAGAGAACUUUCUUGUACCUUCUUGUAAAUAGAGACCUUUUGCAGUAUCUGAAUAUGUACUGUAAAAUCCAGUUUAACUUCAAUUGCAUAUUUUUGUAUUGUUUACUUACAUUUUUUAUUAAAACACAAAAUUAA